UGUAUUCUCUCUAGCUUCUUCUCGAUAAUUUUCGAAGUCGAAAUUUAAGAAUUUAAGGCAGCAAAGAAAUAAAUUUUCGGCUAAUAUGUUGGUUUAUCAAGAUCUUCUCACAGGUGAUGAGCUGCUAUCUGAUUCUUUCUCAUACAAAGAAAUCGAGAAUGGAACGCUAUGGGAAGUUGAAGGCAAGUGGGUUGUCCAAGGAGCUGUCAAUGUAGAUAUUGGGGCUAACCCUUCGGCUGAAGGUGCCGAUGAAGACGAAGGUGUUGACGAUCAAGCCGUUAAGGUUGUUGACAUUGUCGACACUUUCAGACUUCAGGAGCAACCUGCUUUCGACAAGAAGCAAUUCGUAACCUUCAUGAAGAGGUACAUCACUAACUUGACACCCAAAUUACAGCCGGAAAAGCAAGAGACAUUCAAGAAGAACAUAGAAGGGGCUACUAAGUACUUGCUUUCCAAGAUCAAAGAUUUCCAAUUCUUUGUAGGUGAGAGUAUGCAUGAUGAUGGUAGCCUAGUGUUUGCAUACUACAAGGAAGGGACCACCGAUCCAACCUUUCUUUACUUUGCCUAUGGCUUGAAGGAAGUCAAGUGUUAAAUCGAGUCGACACCGGCUACCGGACCGGUUUUGCUCUAUAGCUUAGGUUAGUUCUAUUCUAGAUAUAAGAUUUUGUUUUCUUUUUC